AUUUUGCUGAUCAUAUUUGCCUUACUUGUAUGAAUCUCUGGCGAUGAUCUAAUUGAUUGGAAUUAUUUUAAUCAUUCGUAAUGUUUGUGUUGUUGCCAUGUUGGAGCAGUCGCACAGUGAGGUUGCUAAGAGCUGAUAAGGGGAAGGCGUUUGUUGAUCUUUUAAAUGAGAAAGCAAACGAUUCUGGGGAAAAUGAGAUGGGCUAUGUAGAAAGGACGUUAGAGUUCAGUACACGGCAUUUGGAUGACAGGGAUAUAAGAUUGGUAAAAUUCAUAUAUUUCACAUGUUGAAAUGUUUGUUCUGUCUACGAAUUUCAGUACACAGAUGGACCUUACCGGCGUCACUGAUGUGCUGUGGAAGAGGUUCUUCCAGCGGGAAUUCGGUGAGGCUGACAUGAACGUUGCCAUCAAGAGAAUGAAGGAGAGCGGAGUGCGUUACAAGUGGAAGAAUCUCUUCGAGGCAAAAACAGAAAAGCAAAAGCAAGUUGAACAAAGAAUGUCCGCGGGACCCAGAAACAAAUAUGAAGUAGCAAACGCCGGGAUCUCGAAAUAUUUUCAACUUGACAAACAGCAAAUAUAGAGCUCAGAGUUAAGAUCUGUAAUACAGAAGAUUUGAUAUCCUGUAGGGACAUGAUCUUGCGGAAGAUGGGCGACCAUGCUUUGCUGCCACAAGUCUCCUUCACACAGUGCCGCCGGCAAACAUGUCAUACAGCAUUUGUCGAUCAAACAUGUGUUAGAUGAUGGAAAAGAUCACACAUGGCAUUUGAUUUCAAGUAAUGAUGUUAGAAAUUUCACGGUGAUGACCAGAUCUUAAGGUUCCACGGUGAUGAUGGAAAGAUUCCACGGUGAUGACCAGAUCGUGAGGUUCUAUGCUGCGUCGCAGAGGCUGGUUCUUGAAGUUUCUUGAUUUCACCACAAUUUUAGCAAUUUUGUGUACCAGCACUUUCAGCUUAUUUGUAGCAUGUGUGCUUCUGCACAAUACUGAAGUUUUGAACAGUGGUAGCGUGUAACAAACCUAUAAAGCCCUAUGAUGUUUGGCACCAUGAGGUGUUUAUAUGAAUCGGUAACUCUA